AUGGCGGGAGGUGCAGCGGUGCAGGCAGCGGCAACAGCUGAUGCAUGCUCCGCUCUGACGGACGGAGAAAGAACAAAAAGUGAGCAGAAGGGAAAUGAACUAAGGGAUGCGUGGAAUGAAAAUUUGAACAAAUUAAGACAAGAAUGGGAACAACGAAAUCAAGGUGCGUCCUCCGCGGGUGGUACUGGGACUUCAGUCCCAGACGGAGCCAUUCCGCCUGAUGUGAAGAGUAAAGCGGAUGAAAUGUUGGAGGACCUGGGGACGUACUUAGAUUUGUUAAAUCACUCUCAGACUGCCGCAGAUGCAUGUGCAGAACUAACUGGCAGGUAUAAGGGAGAAACGAGCGAUGUGAAGAAAGUGUGCACUGUAUUAGUAAAAGUAGUUAACUGGAUGGGGGGACUAACUGCGAAUGGAGUUGAGAAGAAAAAUAAGAUAUCCGAACAGAAUUGGGUGCAAUAUUUAAGAUGUGUAAUAGGUUAUGAAGUUAUAUUAAGAACACUGACGAAGAAGUGUAAAGCACAGCGGAUGCUGAAAAUUAUAUCUGAUACAAUGGAAAAGGGGGGCAGUAAACCCACCGGGCCAAAUGUAAGUAGUAUAUGUCCUUGGGUCAAAUUGGAAGAUAUUGGAGAUAAUGAGGGGUCCAUUGGGAAUGAAGUCCAGAAAUGGUUAAAUAAGGCAAAGGGGGGUUCCAGUGGGGGGGGCAUUCGGGGGUUCGAUAAUAUAGUAGCAUGGUAUAGGUGUACAGAGAAGGAGGAAGAGGAGGGGAAGGCGAAACAGAAGGCACAAACUUGCCAAAGUGAUAGAAUUAUGGAUUUAAUGAAAGGAGGAAUGUCACAUCAAUUAAAUGUAUUAGUCGAUCCAAUAGCAGCGGCUAACGAUUGUAUCGAGAAGGCGCAAACUGACAAGAACAGUAAUGCUUUAUGCAAUCGCUUAAAAUGUAUUGAUGACUACCUGAAGAAACAGCCACCACCAACACCAUCAACAGCAGCACCACAACCAGGAGCAUCACCAGGAGGACCACAAUCAGGACCAGGACAACCGUCAGCUACGGAAAAAUUCUGGAAAGAGGGGGAUGGCGACGUAGCCAACUUAUGGAAAGAAUUGUCCAGAGCAAUGACAAAUAAGGGCACAAAUGGGGACGACGAUUGCAAUAAGUUGGAUAAUCCAUCUUCCGAAGCGGCAUGCAAAUAUUUGCAUGCCGGCUUAAAACAACUAUACGAAGGUAGUUCGUUGUCAGGAAACAAUGGUAUCCUGUCGAUGAACAACCCAUCGUUUAGACAAACGAUGGGUUGUUUUUUACUUCACGCUUAUGCAAAACACAUGAAAGAAAAAGCUGUUUGUAAUAUUGAUAAAGGGAUAAGCAAAGCUUUCGAUCUUGGUCAAGGUCUAAGUAAGACGGGAACUUCUUGCACGAACGGUAGUUCGUGCAUUGAAUGUAAAUGGGAUGAGAAAUGGGGCGAAUGCGAUGUGCCGGUUGGCACAACCGGCACAAACCAAACGAAAGUAAAGGACAAAGUGGAAAAAAUUAUCGAGAAAGACAACACCAACAUUCCAACAAUGCUAAAGAACAUAAAUACCAUGUCCACUUUAUGUAACUAUAUGGAAUGUAUAGCAUCCCACUUAAAUGCCACGGACGCAGAACAGAAGUAUCAGAAUGUGGACAAAUUUUGGGAGAAGAACACUGGCGAAGUGGGACAACUGUGGGGAGAAUUGCAAGGCGCCAUGAUGGAAGAAAGCGUAAACGGAGCUGAAUGUAAUACAAUGGAUGAUAAUGGCCAACCUAGAACACCCACCGAACCGGAAAAAAAGGCAUGCCAACAUCUUACAACAUUUUUUAAAAAACUGAAGGAAAUUACAGCGUCUAAAGGCACUGAUAACAAAAUCUUCGAUGAGCACCCACUGUUGAAACGAGCGAUGGGUUGCUUCCUUCUUAAGGAAUAUGCAAAAAAAAUGAAAGAAAAAUCGACUUGUGUUAUCGAAGCAGGUUUAAAGAAAGCUUUCGAUUGGUGGAAUCAGAAUAAAGGUAAUUGCCAAAAUGGUUCCAGUGGCACGGAACUUUGUGUUCCGUGCCAAUGGGAAGAUAAGGAAUAUGGCGACUGUCAAAUUACCACAAAUGGCAAAGAAAAAAAGAAGGUGACGGAGAAGUUAGACAAAGUAAAAGGCCCCAUUGACGGCCACGCAGGUACCAUCAUGAGGGACGUAAACAUAACAGAUUCUUUAUGUGACAAACUCCAAUGUGCCGCAGGGAAGUGGUUCCAAAGCAAAGCAGGGAAUAGUGGUUCUAAUAAGAAGAGUUGGUGUGGCUUCUGGAAGGAGGGCGUCGGAGGCGCCCUGAAGACGAUGUUCGAACAAAUCGCUCAGAAUGGAGCGGACAAAUCAAAGAACAAUACUGGUAUAUGCAAAGAUUUUGGUGACGGUAAUGAUGAUAGUGUUGAAAGAAGGGCAUGUAAUCAUAUCACAGCAGGUUUAGAACACAUUAAAAACAUUUCGAGUGGUAGUGGUAAUGGUAAUGACCAACUGCUCGCUCGAGCAGUUGGUUGUAUUGCUCUUAACAUGUACGCUGAUAAAAUAAUUAAAUUGACGGAGAACAGUUGUCCCAUUGAUGAGACCACAAUAAAUAAAAUGUUCAGUACAUGGAAUGAUCAAAAUAAUAAACCUUCGUCUUCGCCUCCAUGUAAUGGAGGUGCUAAUAAUAAAGAUUGUUUCCUUUGUAAUAGGGUGCAAACCUCACAAUUUGAGAAUUGCAAACUAAGUGUUGACAGCAAUUUGAUUAAUACACCAUCACAAUCAAAUGGAACUUGCGAUAAUAACACCGGCAGAGACAAAGUCCACGACGAAAUAAACAAAUUCCUCGAAGACAACAACCAAUCCACAUCCUCAUCCAAAUCCAUUCCCCAAGUAAAGUCCACCUUAACUUCUAUCACUAACAUUACGAAAUCUUCUUUCUGUACUCAACUCCAAUGCGCAGCAAAACAAUACCAAGCAAAAAGCAAAAAUGGAAAAAUAUCACCCUGGGAUGGAUUUUGGGAGGAGACUGGUGAAGUCGUCACAUUAUGGCAAGAACUAUCCAAGGCAAUGACAGAGAAUGGGGGCCAAGACAACGGAGGUCCAUGUGGGACAAUGGAAGAUGGCACUGGCAGAACUCCUACCAACCCUGAAAAAAGGGCAUGCAAUUAUUUGCAUGCCGGCUUAAAACAACUGUACGAACCGGAUAGUUCAUCAGGAACGACUAACAAUGGUAUCCUGUCUGGACACCCAUCGUUGAGACGAACGUUGGGUUGUUUACUUCUUAAGAAAUAUGCAGAAAAAAUGAAGGACACAUCAACUUGUGUUAUCGAUUCUGGUAUAGAGAAGGCAUUUAAGGCAUGGAAUGCAAGUUCUAAUGGUAAAUGCAGUGGCACGGAACCUUGUGUUCCGUGCGAAUGGGAAGAAAAACACUAUGAAGAUUGCAAAAUUAACACAAAUGGCAGCCCAACGCCAGUAAAGAACAAAUUAACACCAGUUCAGGACACAAUCGACACCACCGCAACUAACACCCUUACGAACAUAAAUGAAAUGUCCACUUUAUGCGAAUACAUUAGAUGCGCCGGACCCAAAUGGUUCAAAAAUCACAACCCAGUAGGGAAUAGUGGUGCGAAGAAGGAUUGGUGUGACUUUUGGGAGAAGGAAGGCGUCAAACCCGAACUGAAGACGAUGUUCAACAAGAUCGCCACAGACGGACAGAACAAAUCAAAGAACGACACUAAUGAUGUAUGCAAACAAUUUGGGGAUGAAAAUCCACAAAGUGUUGAAAGAAAAGCAUGUAAUCAUAUCACAGCAGGUUUAGAACACAUUAGAGGCAUUACGGGGGAGAAAAAUGGUAGUCAACAUAAAGAUGACAACCAACUGUUCGAAAGAACAGUUGGUUGUAUUGCUCUUAACAUGUACGCUGAUCAAAUAAUUGCAAAAUCGAAAGAUAUAUGUCCCAUUGAUGAAUCUAAAAUACAAGAUAUGUUCACUAAAUGGAAUGAUCAAAAUAAAAAUUCGUGUAAGGAUGGAGUUAAUGGUUGUUUUGAAUGUAAGAGGGAUGCGAAUUUUGGUUCUUGUAACCUCCUCGUUGAUAAAGACUUAAUUGGAACAACACCAUCACAAUCACAAAAUGGACAAAAUUGCAAUGAUAACGAUGGAAAUAAAAAAGUCCAAGAGAAAAUGACCAAACUCCUCAACAACGAAGACUACAACCCAUCCCAAUCCAACCCCAACUCCAUUAAAUCCAACAUAACGACCACCUUAUCUACUAUCACUGAAAUGGCCUCUUCUUUCUGUACUCAACUCCAAUGCGCAGCAAAGAAAUGGAAAUCAGCAAAGAACCAACAUAAUAGUGGACAAAGCACCGAUGUGAAGUGGAGUGACAUACACAAUGACGCCACGACAGAAUUAGCGGAACUUUUAAAAGAUAUGAACGACCCUAAAAAGCAGAAAACAGUUACCGAAUACUGCAAUGACGACAGCAAAUGGAGUAAACUUGGCCAUACAGAAAGGCGAACAAAUAGAGCAGCUUGUUUGCAUUUUGCUGCAGGACUGCAGCACAUUUAUACCCACGGUAAUGGCCGUGUUAACGGCCCAUCGUUUGGACAAACGAUGGGUUGCUUAUUUCUUAAAGAGUAUGCAAAACAACUGAAAGACUUGGCAAAAAAGGAAAAAAGGUAUAAGGUACAUCCUCGCUGUAGCGUAGAUUCGGGCAUAGAAUAUGCUUUUAGCAAAAGUAGUGACAUUAUGAAGAGUGUAUUAACUCAAUGCCAACAAAAUGCUAGUACUAAUGACUGUUUUGUGUGCACACAAAACAAUGAUUAUAAUAAUUGCAAAAUUGGCGAUGACAAUAUUGGAAGUAAAUCUAAAGAGUUGUUCACAGAACCGAACAGCAAAAAACAUAUGCAACAAACAUUAGAGAAUACAGUCUGUCCCAUCCUUCUUACGGAUAUCCUUACCCCUUUUCUUCCUUUGGCUCCUGUCUCUAUUGGCCUUUCUGCUAUGGCUUAUUACCUUUGGAAGUAUUUUGGUCCUCUUGGUAAAGGAGGACCACGUUUCAGAAGAUCCCCUACUGAAAUUCCUGGUUCAUCCGUACAAGAACAAGUCCUCGAUCAUGUGCAGCAAGAUAGUUCACAUGAAUAUCGAUUGGUGAAGGAACGAAAACCUCGUUCUGUUCCAGCGAGAACGAAACGUUCUGGUGGUGUGAAUCGUCGAACGAUUAUUGAAAUUCAUUUUGAAGUGUUGGACGAAUGUCAAAAAGGCGACACGCAAUUGAACCAGAAGGAUUUUCUGGAACUUUUGGUUCAAGAAUUCAUGGGAUCCGAAUUAAUGGAAGAAGAACAGGUUCCUAUGGAAGACGUUCUUAUGGAAGGUGUUCCUAUGGAACGUGUUCCUAUUGAAGAAUUUCCAAGUUUAGGUUCCGGGUUUAUGGUUUAG